GUGUAAGACAUCACACAGCUUCAGUCCGAGCGCCCUUUCUCUACAAUAUCGCUUGGAUAUGGUGUAGUGUUCUUCACGCCCGUCACUCUCGUCCAACCCCCGUCCUCCGUACAAUCCAACUCAUAUCCAAAACACACACCCAUCGCAACUCCUGCACAUACUAAGUUCACGAAAUUAAAAAUAAGCAGAAUGGGAUCAUUCAGCGUUCCAGAUCCUCCAUUUCAUAUGCGAGCCGCGAAGAAGGCGGUCGCCGCUAAGAAACCCUCUUCGAGCGCUUCUGAUACCAACAUGUCCACACGCAAGCGCAAACGGCGCUCUGCUACAAACGAGCCCGUAUAUGAAGGACCAAACGAACAAUCGCCAGCGAGAAAGAAAGUACGAACACUACAGGACGGUUCGUCUUCGGGGAGAGAGGCGACUAACUCGGAUCCUAAACCCGCUUCAACACCACCACGAAUGCAUUCUAAGAAUGACUAUAUCAACGCACCACCGGCUGAUCCUCCGAAACAGCGUGGAUCCACCAGCGCGCCAAACCGUCGGUCGGAACUCGCUCAGUCUGCGCCUCCAAACGCAUGUGGACACACGAUCCAUCCCGCCUAUAGCGACAGUUACGCUAAAGCCAUAUGCCCGAUGUGUCUGGUGGAUGCUUCGAUGCACACGCUCCAGCGUAUCCAGAACAUAAUCAACGCCCAUGAUGGCUUGUCUCAAUGGGGCGAGGCUGCCGACAGCUACUAUGCUCAGUCAGUCUACCGUGUCGCGACAAGGGGAGGGCAGCCUAGGUGGAAAAAUGCUGAUGGUACGGAUGUGUCUUACAGGCACUGCAAGAGAAACCUAGUCAAUCUGGUCAAUGAGCUAGAAGAUCUUUCCAAGAUGGAGUUGGCCUGGGAAGCGAAGCAGUCUCUUGAGAGCAACGACUUUUACGUGGAACAUGUCCGACUCAGGAAGCAACACAGUGCUACAGCUGCACUACACUGGUAUAAAGACACUCAAGACUACGGCUUCAUCGGUCGUGUUGAGGAGGACUGUGAGAUCUUUAGUCGACGACGUGGCCGGCGCUGGACAAUCGUAUGCGAUCCAGAAUUCCCUGACCGAGAUGGCCAUGAACAAGAUCUGGGAUGGAAAUCGCUCACGAAAGCCCAGCAUAAGCUUCUCAAAGGGUCCGAUAUCCCCAAGCCUGUAAGGACCGAUGUCGCAGAGCAACUGCCGAGGCGAAAGCGCCGACGAGAAGACGCAGGCGUUUCAUGGAACGAGAAUGUUUACGUUCGCACAGAUGCUGACGUAGAUGUACUCCGUAAGGCAUCAUGUCCAAUCUCCGAAGAGUUGUCGUCUUCUCCAAAGAAGCCUAAGAUGAGCAUCCUUCGCACGACUCCUCUCGAGAUCGUACUAGAGCCUAUUUUCGCCACACCAAUCGUCUUAAACCCUAUUCACCCACACUACGUCAUCCCGCUGAGCCGCAACGGACCUCCGAGAGACGUUACUAAGAGCUCGAUGGCCCGAAAGAGGAGACGAUCCUACAAGCGGGGACAAUGGGCAGUUCCGGAGGGGAGCGAAAUAAUCGAUACCAGUGGAUAUCGCAAGAACUUUGAAGUCCAUGUUGCGAAUAUGGAGCAACUGCAGAUCGAGGCAGCAAAGAUGGACCGAGAAGACCUUGGCGGAGAUACAGAGACGAAGGACGCUCCUGCCGCUGAUGCGCAGAGAUCGACACCACAUCCGUCGCGGCGGUCACCAAGCCUUGGAGGCCGACUGGUGAAUUGCAUCGCCAACCUUGGGGUCUUCACGUUUGCGGGUUUUGACAGACAUGACCGUGGCGGUGGUGAAACUUCGGCGCCGCAACGAUGCUAGACACGCUAGUCUCCUGGCUUGAUGCCGCUGUCAGGCUGUAACCGUAUAUCGUGCUGACAUGUUGUAAGUCGUUCCCUAUAGAUUGUCUUGGUGUUUCGCACUAACGGUUGUUUCCAAGUUUUACACGAUGGAUGCUUACGUGCUCAGCCCCGACAUGUGACCUGCAGUGCCUUGGCAAAGUGGCAUCUUGCCUUCCAUCA